CUCUCGGCACUGAAGCCGAAAUUUCUCAACUUUGAGUAGAGAGUUCUUGAGAAGUUGAGAUCGAUUUCGUUCGAGAUGAAGAGGCUGCUUGCUCAUGGCGGGAGGGGCAUAGGUUGCUCCUCCAGGGGUUUGGUGGGCAAAUCCUCUGCCGUGCCUGCAGUAGGCAACAGCGUUCUGCUACCCAGGUAUCACUCAACCGAGAAACACGAUGACAGCGACACUACACUGGGUGAAAUCGGAGAGAAAGCGAGAACAACGGCAGAGGAGUUCCUGAAGAUUGCCAAGGAGAAGACCGAGGAGGUCACCGAAGAAGCAAAGGAAACAGCGCACGAGACCAAGGAAGCGGUGCUCGGGGAGUCCGGCGACGAGAAGGAGUCGUUCAAGCAGAGGGUCGAGCAGGGGAGGUACCACCAGAAAUAGGCGGCAGGCGUUUCUGCUCUAUCGAAGUUGCUAUG